AUGCGGGAAACAUCAUCGAACAGAAUAAUAUUGAACGUAGGUGGCACGAAGGUUGAAACAUAUAGAUCAACAUUGACAGCACAUCCUACAACACUUUUGGGAAUACAGUUUAGGGAUACUCCAACGUUCGAACAAGUAGACAAGAAUGAAUAUUUCAUCGACCGCAAUUCUCGUGCGUUUCAUUAUAUCAUUGAAUAUUAUCGCACUGGAAAGAUGUUCUGGCGCACUGGUUGCUGUGGAGUAACAAAAGAAGAGAUGAUCGAAGAGUUGACUUACUUUCAGCUACCAAUUGACAUUUUAGAUAAUGAGAGCAAGAUAAAAUCUAAAUCCACAAAUUCACCUAUAAAACACGCGUCCAAUCGUAUACCAUCCCGUUCACCUUCAAACUCGCCCGCAAAUUUAUCCACUGAUCCACCUUUAACUCCACCUCACACACCGAAACAAGGCAAAAUACAAUUGGUAGGAGCAGGACCGGGUGAUCCUGAACUUUUGACCAGAUCAGCAUAUCGAGCGAUCAAAGAAGCGGACAUUAUCCUAUCUGACAGAUUGGUACCUGCUGAAGUGUUGGAACUGAUUCCUUCCCACAUCGAUGUAAUGAUUGCCAAUAAAACUUGCGGAAACGCCGAACCGGCACAGGAGGAAUUGUACAAGCUUGCUAUGCAGGCUUUGGAGGAAGGGAAAAACGUUGUUAGGCUUAAGCAAGGCGAUCCAUAUCUUUUUGGAAGGGGCGGAGAAGAAUAUAGAUUUUUCCAGUCUAAAGGCUAUGAUCCAAUUGUAAUUCCGGGAGUGUCGUCCUGUAUGGCUGCUCCGCUGUUGGCUAAAAUUCCGACUACAUUCCGUGGCAUUUCCUCCCAAUUCCUUGUCUGCACUGGAACUGGUCGUCGUAACACUCUUCCCGACAUUCCCAAGUUUCAUCCUAAUCGUACUUCCGUGUUUUUAAUGGCGAUUCAUCGAAUGCGUCAAUUGAGUCAGGAUCUCAUUGAUAUCGGGGAGUAUCCUCCAGAUACACCGUGUGCUAUGGUAGAAAGAGCGAGCUGUAAGGAUCAGAGAGUGAUCAAGGGAACUGUUGGGAAUAUUGCCGAAGUAAUGGAAAGAGUAGGAUGUUCUCCUCCUGGUACCCUCGUUGUUGGGAAAGUGUGUGACGUAUUGUACGAAGAUGGGAGAAGAUAUGAUGGAGUUGUGUAUGCUGAGGAUGUAUUGCAGAAGAAUGAGGACCGCGACUUUGAAGUAUCUUUAUGA